AUGAAGCCGGAAUACGAUUGGACGCAACCGAGAGACUGGCCUUUUCAACAGCUGUUUAACCAUGAAGUGUGGUGUGUGAGAACCAGGAAGUACCAUGGCAUCGGGCUGACGAGAACCAGGAAGUACCAUGGCAUCGGGCUGACGAAAACCAGGAAGUACCAUGGCAUCGGGCUGACGAGAACCAGGAAGUACCAUCCCAUGAGGCUGAUGGGAACCAGGAAGUACCAUCACAUUAGGAUGUUACCGGAGUGCGGACGGAUCAUAGCUUUCCUUCUGCCAGACGGGUUUAUUGAGCGCCACGACCUCGCCAAACCCGACCGAACCAUCGAACCUCGGAGAAUACAUCCCCGGCUUACACAGGCGUGA